GUCUGCCUUCUGACCCCUGACCAGUAGGCGGCGGUAAUGCGCCUUUUAGUUGGUUGCCAGCCGCCAUAAAACCAGAAAAAGAAGACGAGCUAAUUUGAAGACAGAUGGUGGGAAAAAAAACGAAAGUAAGUUAAAGAGUAUGUUAUCAUAAUUCUCUAUAAAAUAACUAUUUAUUUUGCUGAUACGUUCUUUGAGUAUGACCAUUUAAAGGACUAGAUGGUACUCUUGGAGAAGCAACUUGACAUGCAAAAAAAUAUUGGGGUCUCAUUUAGAUUUUGGCCCUUUGAGCGAAAAAGUUUGGGCACCCCUGCCCUAUAUAGUGCGUUUGUGAUUUUGUAGUGGUUUCUAAAUCUACAAUUUAAUCAAGUGCACUAGAAAUUACCCAGAAGUCUUUCCGAAAAACCAGUGCGCAUUGAAUACAGACCACAAUGCAUUGCGGUUAAACAAUUUUUGCCAAAAAAAAAAAAAAAAUAUUUUAAUGUAUUUUAAUGUAUUUUUGAAAUAAACCAUAUAUGUUUUUGUCAUCAGAAGACAAUGGAUUAAUACAUACUGGUAAUCAUCAUAGAAGUCUUGUAUUGUUUAGGGUUUUUACUUUGUGAAUUCGGUGACGUCAUAAAGAAAAAAAAUCGUAGUAAAUGAUCAAAAAGUAAAGCUGAGCCUGGUGUGUCGUGGAGAAGUAUUACACCGUAAAACUACAAAAAAAUGAAGUACUAAACUCAUAAAGAUAAGCCAACUCACUUUUAGUUCCUUCUACUCACUGAUAAAGGAAGCUGCAACAUUUAUUUUAGGGGAACAAGAUUCUCUACUUUUGAACUUGCCCAGUGGCUUUGACUGCAUUUCCCACAAUUCCACAGCUCCCAAAAGGCUGGGCUACCGCGGGAGAACAGGUGGGGCAGGUUUGUGUUGUCACCACACCAGCUAUGCAGAGAGAAGGAGGCGAGUCAGCAGGAGCAGGAAAAGGGGGAACUCAGAGGAGCAGGUGUCUCACAGAGGAACGAGGACUUCCAUCUCCUGACUCGUUUGGAGCUCUGAAAGCCAACAUGAGCUCACAGGGACCAAAAAGGAUGGGAUUCACUCUGUGUUCUGCCGAGGGCAACAAAGUGGGUCAACACCUGAGACGGAGCUAAAAUGAGAAGCUGAACUGUCCUACAAGAGGAAAGGGGGGAGGACUGAUCUGCCUGGGGGGCACGGGAACGAAGGACGACAAAAGUGGAAAGAAAAUACCCCAUCUUGAGGUUUUUUUUGUUGUUUUGUAAAGACUGAACCUGUUUUAACCUUUUUUUAAUUCAAGUUAUAUUUAUUUUUAAGAGAUUAACUGAAUUUUUGUAACUUUAAAGCAGGAAAAUUACAAUUGUUCCACUUUUAAACUGGUUUUAAAGCUAAAAAUCCUGCUGCUGGAUGCACUACCUGCCCAAUAAUUGUCGCUUUUACAGGAGGGAGGAACUUUUUUUGACUUGAACUGCUGCUUUGUCUGUCAAAGCCCACAAACAAAACAAUACUCGGCCUUAAAGGUCAAAUAGGAGCAAGAAGGAACAUUUCUGUCCAAACCAAACGUGAAGAUGCAGGAACCAGGGCCGGAGCACGACGACUCCUUUGAUUUUCUCUUCAAGAUCAUCCUGAUAGGAGACACCAACGUUGGGAAGACCUGUGUGGUCCAGAAUUUCAAAUCUGGGGUGUUCUCUGAGAAGCAGCAGAACACCAUCGGGGUGGAUUUCACCGUCAGGACGUUGGACAUCGAGGGCAAGAGGGUCAAGAUGCAGGUUUGGGACACUGCUGGUCAGGAGAGGUUCCGAACCAUCACCCAAAGCUAUUACCGGAGUGCCCACGGCGCCAUGAUCGCCUAUGACAUCACGCGACAGCCGACCUUUGACUCGGUGAACCACUGGAUCAAGGAGGUGGAGCUGUAUGGAGCGGCAAACGUGGUCUUGGUGCUCAUAGGUAACAAAUGUGAUCUGGAGGAGGAACGGCAGGUCCAGUUCCAGGACGCCUGCAACCUGGCGAAAGAAAUGGGGAUUCUGGCAGCUUUAGAAACGUCUGCAAAGGAGAGCCAGAAUGUGGAGGAGGCCUUCGUGAUGAUGGCCAGGGAGCUGAUGUCGAGGAACGGCCUUUCUUUCCAGCACGAGGACAUCAACGGUACGCCGCGAAUUCUACUCCAAGCCAAUUCUCGACCAGUCGACCUCAACACCGCCGCCUACACGCCACCGCCAGAGAAAAAGUCCUGCUGCUGAGGAGGAAUGGAAAUAUGUGGAAAUAAUUCAAUCAAACUUUAUUUUUAUAAGAAAAGCACAAAAAGAAGGCGGACUUGUUUCAGAAAGCCGCACAUCCUAGAAAAAUAUUACCUGUACAGGUACAGGUGCACGUGACAGAACUGAGAGCAAAUGAGGAAUGUUUGCGGGAAUUUUUCGUUCUCAUCCCAGCAGAUCGAGUCAAGACACUUUUAAACCAAAUAACAUUUUCUUAGACUGAUUUUGAACUGAAACCAUAGAAUGACACCAACCAUCAUGUCCUACAUUCAAGCACAUCAGUGCUUUUAUAUGAUCAUAUUUUUUCAGUGCCUUUGCAUAAAAAACAGCCAAAUCUUUGGUUGUUUUUGCUGUUUUUAAAAAAAAAAUUAUGAGUAUUUCGUCUUUUUGGAUGAAUUUUUACUAAAUGUUUUUUUUUUUCAUUUUGGAGGAACAACAAGCCCAAGAACUUUGUUCUGUCACAAACGGCAUUGAAACAUCAUUUUUCAGGCUUUCUGUCACACAGGAGCAGGAGUUAUUUUUUUUAAUCACUUCAUUCUUUUCUUUUUAAGUUGUCAUCAUGAGUUCCAAUUGAACAUGUUUGAGUAAACUUACUUUAAGGAAACACUAGGGGGCAGCAUAAAGCAAAAAAUAAUCCAGGUCGGAAAUUUCUCCUUGUGUAAAAAAAAAUGUUUUUUUGUGACAACAUAAGCAUAUAAAAGGGACAAAAAUUUG